GCCCCUCCUCAACAGACUAAUGCUCAAUGCAGGUACAAGAACUGCAAUGGCGAGUGUUGUUGAGAUGCUGCCUCCUCUUAUCCCUUCUCCCGACGGUCCAACCACAAGCCGAUAGCCAAAUUGUUAACGUUGCUCUGCGAGUCCAACGAGACCUUAGCCAUGCGGUCCCAAUAAAUCGAGUUGCGGGUGCAGGAAUAUCGUUGAAGGAUACCAUUCUGAAAGGAAAUUACUCUCUCGCCGCAUUAAGUCAGACAGAAAAGCUUGUGCUGAACCUUGUCAAAAGGCUCGUUUUGGACAUAUAUUGGGAUAAUCGACGGAAACAAUGGCAAGUGUGUCCGGUAGCCUAUCCUCAUGGUACUCAAGCUCAACCCGCAAUGGGGGCUACGCCGGAUGAAGUUAUACUGGGAAACGUCACUUGCUCCAAAGUCCCAUAUACUGUAGCGGAUAUUGGAGCGGCCAUUCGUCAAUCCUUAACAUCUGGACAAGGCUCGCUUAACGCUGUGAUAGUUCUCGUAUUGAACCUCCACGACCUUCAAGUUCCCAUCCCCGCCGAUGCAACGGUUCCAACGACCUUUUCCACAAUCAGUCAAUCCCUUAAUAGUGGUGGAAUAUUUACACCGAAAAUGCUAACUCAAUUCCGAUCAAACCUUGCCGCCAACGCGACGAGUCCUUACUUUACCAUGUCCACCGAUCCAGCGACAGGCAAACUGACGACACCGAAUGGAUGGCCUAUGGGGAAGUUGCUGAUUGCCAAUGGAACGCAGAUUUUGGUCGGGUUUGGGCAAAAUGGUCUGAGUGCAGGCUCGGGCUAUGAUCCCUCCGUCGAUCAGGACGUUGUGUUCAGUGCCCAAGAGAUUAACGGCAUGCCCAGCAUCAGCACUACAGAGCUGAAUUCAGAUAUCACAUCAUGUGCCAAACCCGGUCCCACAAUUGCCAUGAAUGGCACUGGCUUUGAUGUUUCAGACUCACGGUAUUCACUGCAACCUUCUAAUGCAACGAACGACACAUCGCUGUCUUGGAGUACAUGGAGCUUCCCUUAUGUAGUGGAUACACCUUCCAAACCAUUUACGCCAGCUGUUGUAUCCAAGUUGGUUGAAUGCGGCUUUCAACCUUUAUUUUUGAUAAAUUUCUCCGUGGAAGCAAUGAAUGCUAGUGUGUGGAGUUGGGAGGAUGGGCAGCCUUCUGGAGCGCAUGGCCUGGAUUGUGCGGUUAUUAAAAGGAGUACGGGGCGAUGGGCUGUGGAUCGAUGCCAAACAGCAUUGCCUGUAGCUUGUCAGCGCCUCCCACCAAAUGCAACCCAGGCAGAUCCAUAUGAUUGGAUCAUUGUCAACAACAGAAAGAUAUUUGAAGAAGCUGUGGAUGCCUGCCAGCCACCCUAUGUCUUUAAUGUUCCACGGACUGCACAAGAGAAUGCCGCUCUGGCCGACGCACUUAGGGCGACAGAUAUAAGCAAAGCCUGGAUCAACCUCAAUCAGGUUUUGCCCACUUGUUGGGUUGCUGGAUGGCAAUCCAAGUGUCCUUAUGAUGUCAAGGAUGCCAACCCUCAAGCGAUCAUUGGCGCAACACUUAAGCAGGGCAUAGUGAUCAUCCUCAUAUUCAGUAUCUUUCUGUUCUUUAAAUGCCGGAGACAGUUGAGAGUCAGUCGCUUGAAUAAGCGGAAAGCCGAAGUGAGACGCAAGAUUCGGCAGAAUGAUUAUGUUACUGUUCCGGCGUGAACUAGAGUAUUUGUCACUUUCAUCAUUGUACAUUAUACGAUACCUAACCAUUUCAGUAGUGCUUUUUUAUUAAUAUACCAAUAUCAUGCACUUGCAUCAAAA